UGGAGUUGGGAGAGGGUGCUCAAGUUGGAGAGUAGUUGAUGAUCGAGUAGUUUUGAAGUGAAGUUUUCAAGUGUUUAAAGUUGUCAAGAUCGUUCGUUGUCAAGAAUGGAAUUUAUUAUAAUAAUAACUUGUAAAUAGUAUAUAUAUAUAGAUCGUGUUUAUUUCAUUGUGGAUUUUGCUACCAUACACCGACCAGCCUUAAAAAGCACAACAAUUUGGAGGUCCCACCGAGAUGCGAUGUUUACAAAAUGCCUGGUAAGAUUCCUGCAAUUUCGAAGUUUAAAGGAGACAAUUCUCUUAGUUUUCGACAAUGGUCGUUGCAGUUUGAAGCACAACUGAAAGCGUUAGAUGUAAAGAACGAAGGAACUAAAUGGAGGGAUUUGCUACUUUGCUGCACUGAAGCUAGUGCAUUUGCGACCGUUUCAAAUGCGAUUUUGGCCGAUGGAGAAAUAUCGUACGCUGAUUUGAAGCAUGAACUUGAAACCAAAUAUUGCGGUGCCGAAUAUAAGAGAACUUUGGAGACAAAGCUUCGUUCACUUGUUUUUAAACCAGGCGUAAAUAUCACAACAUUUGCAUUUGAAGUUAAAUCAGUCGUACAAGAACUGUAUGGAAUUUCGGACGGUAACGUGAUCGAUUCGAUAGCACAAAACCACAUACUAUCGCAGCUGGACUCUUCGAUUCAGGAGCCAGCCAAAAUUUUGCAGUUAACGGGGAAAUGUACACUAGAGAGCUUACUAGAGCUUAUUAAUUCGAAAGUUGCAGAUAAUCCGUAUAAUAUUGCAACGGCAAAAGCAAGUUUUGAGACGGCCGCGACGAGUUAUUCUAGCAAUGAUCGCGUUGAUCGUUUGGAAAAGAUGGUUGAGAAAUUAUGUUUUCACAUGGAUGAGAUGUCUAAAGGUGCGGAAGGAUUGAAAAAGGCGGAAGCAUGCUCAAACUGUGGAGCAAACGGUCAUGACAGGUCCCGCUGCUAUAAGCUGAGAACAUGCUACCAAUGUGGUAUGAAAGGACAUAUUUCCAAACAUUGCAGACAAAAACGUGAAAAUAGCCAUGCACCCAAGAAUGGCAGAGUCAGUUCAUCGGCGGGUCGAAUGACAGAGGAAAAUCAAAUUAAUGUUGAGAAUGGUGUUGCGUUAAAACCAGUCCCUCGAAUAAUGUUGAAACUGAACAUUGGUGGAUCUGAUAUGGACAUCUUAAAUGAUCCCGGAAGCAUGUAUACGAUGAUCACUCGUCGCGCAUACGACGAAUUGAAAAUCAAGCCACCUUUGGUUCCCGUAAACCGUAGCGGAAUUGGAAUUUCUGGUGAAACUUUCCGUUUGGAUGGUGUUGCGUACUUGAAUAUCAAAUUUUUACGUGAAGAUGGAACGUCAUACAUACUUGAAUACCAGCCGGUACUGGUGUCAUCAGCUAUUUCUUCUAACGUUUUGGGCAUGGAUACCGAGUUGAAUUUUAAAGGAGCUGUCAGAGAUCAUUUUAAUAAUUUAAUAACAUUUGUUCCCUCGUCUGGAGAUCAAGUUGUUAUUAAAUAUUGGAAGGAGAAGAAGGACACGAAUACUGCAUAUGUUCAUGUUGCCAAGGCAACUAUUAUUCCUGCAGAAUCUAUCAAAAUGGUACCAUCAAAGAUAAUCAAUUCAAAGAAGGAUGUUUUAAAGGACGCUCCAUGUGUAUUUGAACCAAUUAAAGAGAGUCGUGAUGGCCUGGAACUUAGCGAUGUGUUUCUGCAGAGCGCUUCAAAAGUUGUUGAUUUACCAGUGUUAAAUGACAGUAGCGAAGAUAUGUUGUUAUCAAAAGGUGAAGUCCUAGGAGUUAUCAACUCAGUAGAGCAAGCACAAGAAACAAUAUUCAGAAACAGUGCUCCAAGUGCAUUAGCUGUACACAAGUCUACUUUAUCAGAAGAUGAACUCAGCCCUAAGUUUCAACACUUAGACGAAGUAACUAGAUCUACAGUAGUACGCAUUCUAACAGAUUACCAAAAAAAUCUUACAAAGGUGCCUGUUGUCGGUCAUGCUCAUCAUGAAAUUCAUCUCAAGGAAAAUGUACCAGUUUCACAGCCAGCUCGACGUCUUCCAUACAAUCAGCGUAAAGAGAUUUUAUCACAAAUUGUUCGUCGUUUCAGAGUACCUAUCGAUAUUCUGUAUGGUACCUUUGAGAACACUGAGUCAAAUUUAAGCUUACAAUCAUAUAAAGAUAAUUUGAAUUCAAUGUACGAUACUGCAAGAGAACACAUAAAGCAACGACAAGCUCGUUAUGCUGCAUAUCAUGAUAAGAAUGUUAUUGAUGAUAAACUGUUUGUUGGUGAUUAUGUAUAUGUUUAUUUACCACGACUUGCGAGAGUUAAGCUGAUUGCUAAAUGGAAUGGACCAUUUAAGAUCAUAAGAGCAUCACAUCCAGUCUACAGCAUUGAAAUUCCUUCGAAUAAAGGUACAUUGAUUAAAACAGUUACGCGUGAUAAAUUGAAAAGAGCUCCGGAAUCUGUCAUGAACACUACUGUUCUGCAUGUACCUACAGAUGAUGUUACCAACUCUCAAUCCUCUGAUGAGAUUUUUGCCGAAAGCGACAGCGAGGAAGAGCUUGAUGAACCACGUUAUAACUUGCGUCCAAGAAGGAAUGUUGUACGUUACAAUGAAGAACU